AUGAUCUUGCAAAGUCAUGUCAUUCCAAACUUGUCAGAUUUGAAUUUAAUGGAUUACUAUUUGAGUGAAAGGGAUUGGAAGAGUGCUUUAUUCUUGUUGAACAAGAGGUUGAAUCGUUUCAUGAAAAUGGAAAAGACUGAAAAUUCUUCUAAAAACAUACCACUUGAUGAUGAUCAAAAUAACAUCAAAAUGGACAUUAGAGCUCUUUAUUUGAGUGGUCAAUUGGGAUUAUCCACCUUAUUUCCCAUUGAAAAACUUGUUCGUUUAUUAACCCAUCGAACCGAUCUUUCACGAUUUGAACAGUUUGUAAUUUGGAAAACAAUUGCAAGAAAUUUAUUAGACAGAAAAUUGAUGUUGGAGUAUGAACAAUGUCUCUUACAAAUGCUAAAAUUACUUGAGGACAGUGAUGAAGUGAAAUGGAUGCUUAUUGAUCUGUAUUUAAACAAGAAAUUUAGCAUUUCUUUGCAGGAACAAACUAAAGCUCGUUAUAUCACUCUUUCUUUGCAACAACAAAAAGAGAGACAAAGAAAUGAAUUGGCUCUGUCUCUCGUCACGAAAUUAGAGAAUUCAUCUCGUGUGAAAUUGGACCCCAGGCUUUCUCUUCUCCUUCGUGAAUAUCACGCAAUUUUACUUUCCAGAGUUGCAAUUAAAGCUAUUGAUAUUGAAGAAGGAAAGAAAAUAGUUCAUGAGUUGAUUGACCAUAUUGAAAACAACUCUGCACUGGAGGAAGACAAGAAUGACUCAUUAGCACAUUAUCAUCAUCUCUUAUCCACCAUGAAUUUUAAGCAAGGAAAGUUUGUUGAAGCUCUUGAGGAAUCCAAAAAAGCGCUUUCUCUCAAUCCUAAAUCAACCUUUUAUCAAAAUAGACAUCAUGGCAUGAUUGAAACAUUUAAAAAUCACACACAACAACUUUCAAUUCUCAACGAAUUACCACCUAAUGAAUUAAUGAGCACAAGUAUGACUACAACACCAUUGAGUCAGAAAAAUCUUCUCCAACUCGGUGAAUGCUCUGUUGUGCGUGAGAGGUAUGAAUAG